AUGGACAAAUAACUGAAAUAUAUUAAGGAAUCUCCUAUAUCUUAAAAAUAGUGCUUGAGGGUGCCAAAGUACAAAUUUAUCUGCUGCUUCAUAUUAUGGAUGUUGCUGCUCAUAUACCUAAUUUAAGAAUGGAAUAAUCAGUUACCCAAGAUCAUCAUUUCAAGAAUUUAUCAAGCAGAUCUCUUAUCACAGAAUAAGGGUAUUUAAUUGAAAUUUCUGUCUCAAACUCUUUAAUCCUUUGAUAAUGUAUUAGUUGUAGUUCAUAAUACAAACGAAAGUGAUUAAUAAUUAAUCCAAUCCAACAAAGAAGGAUCAUACAAUAUUCCCUUUGGAUAAUUUGAAAUAUAGAUAUGCAAUGAAUCAAAUCACAAUAUUACUUGUGCAAAUCAAAAUUAAAUUGCAGCCAUUUUGGGUGAUUCAAUAGAAAUAGAAAUAUUAUUACAAAUUACUCAAUAUAAUUAUGAGGAGUAGACAUUUUUUUAAGUGCCCAAAUCCUUAAAAUACUACAUUCAUAAGAAUACUCAACAACUCGGUCAUAUAUAAUACUAAAUAGUAUAGACUGAAAUUAGGAGCAAUGAUCUUUUUACGCAAAGUUAAACUUAUACUCAAAUAGAAGACGCUGUACUGACUUUUUCAUCUGUGAAUUAUGCAUCAUAUACAUUGAGUAAAAUGAAGAUUGGAGUGGAUCCAAUAAUCACUAAGAAGGUAGUGGCUUAUGAAAAAUUUUAUGUUUUCGCACUCCAACUAAUCUCGAUGAGUUCAAUUAUUUAUUUCAUAAACUUGAUGUUGAAGAAUCUUUAAAAAAUCAAAAGGAAGAAGUUGAAACUAUUGGACAUCAUAUCAAUUUACUUUCCUUAGGUCUAAGAUUAUAGAAUUAAAUUUAAUUUCUUAGGGUAAAUUAGUUCUGUAACCACUCUGGAUGGUGAAAUCAGAAACCUAAGGCAAUGGAGAUAGUUUUAUUAGAAAUAUUCACAAUCUGCUAAAGAAAAAUUGAAAUUAAAGAAUAUCAUUUAUUAUAUUUCAAGAUUGCAAUACAUAUGUAUGUCCUUACAAGAUAGAGAUGCGAUGAUGAAUGCUCACACUUUGGGAAUCAAAUUAAAUUUGCAACAGGAAAUUCAAAAUGAAACCACUACGAUAGAGUUAAAUGAGAUAGAUGAUCCAAUUGUUCUAAGGGGAUCAGACAUGGAUUUGUUGAGCCAGCCUACUGGACCUAUAUUUCUGGGAGAAAGCAAAAUUGGAUUUUAUAAGAGAAAUAGGGGAUAGAAUAUGAAUAAGAAGUUUUAGUUGAUUUGA